UAGAAAUAUGUUCAUUUUGAAAUUCAAGUUUUCAUGGGCAUUGUUAUUUCUUCCUAAAGGUACUGGAGACAGAGCAUGACAGGAAGGAAUCAAAAUGUUGUCUCAGAGUUCCUUCUACUGGGACUUCCCAUUGAGUCAGAACAUCAAAACCUGUUCUUUGUCCUGUUCCUGGCCAUGUACGUUACCACCAUCCUGGGGAACCUUCUCAUCAUUGUCCUCAUUUGCCUGGACCCCCACCUCCACACACCCAUGUAUUUGUUUCUCAGUAACCUGUCUUUCUCUGACCUCUGCUUCUCCUCUGUCACAAUGCCCAAAUUGCUACAGGACAUGCAGAGCCAAGACUCGUCCAUCUCUUAUGCUGGCUGCCUGACACAAAUGUACUUCUUCCUGUUCUUUGCAGACCUGGAGGACUUCCUCCUUGUGGCCAUGGCCUAUGACCGCUACGUGGCCAUCUGCUUCCCCCUGCACUACACCACCAUCAUGAGCCCCAGGCUGUGUUCCUUCCUGGUGGUGCUGUCCUGGGUGCUGACCACGGUCCCUGCCAUGUUAUACACCUUGCUCAUGGCCAGACUGUGUUUUUGUGAAGACAACGUGAUCGCCCACUUUUUCUGUGACAUGUAUGCUCUGCUGAAGCUGUCGUGCUCUGACACUCAAAUUAAUGAGCUGGUGAUAUUUGUCGUUGGAGGACUCAUUAUUGUCCUGCCAUUCCUAGUCAUCAUCAUGUCUUAUGCACGAAUUAUUUUCUCUAUCCUUAAGGUCCCUUCUGCCAAGGGCAUCUGCAAAGCCUUCUCCACCUGUGGCUCCCACCUCACUGUGGUGUCCCUGUUUUAUGGGACAAUUAUUGGUCUCUACUUAUGUCCAUCAGCUAAUAAUUCCACUGUUAAGGAGACUGUCAUGUCUAUGAUGUACACUGUGGUGACCCCCAUGCUGAACCCCUUCAUCUACAGCCUGAGGAACAGAGACAUGAAGGGAGCUCUGGGAAGAGUCUUUUGUAAAAAGAAAUUUCAUUUCUUUCUAUGA